AUGGCCGCUCUCCGCUCUUCCUCGACCCGUGUCCUCGGCUCAGCCGUUAGGCCAGCCUUCCGCCCGGCGCUCUUUGCCCGCACCAUGGCCACCGUGAACGAGCCUGCCACGACGCCUGAGCCCAAGAUGAAGUCGUUCCAGAUUUACCGCUGGAACCCCGACCAGCCGACCGAGAAGCCGCGCAUGCAGACCUACACCCUCGACCUCAACAAGACCGGACCCAUGGUCCUCGACGCGCUGGUCCGCAUCAAGAACGAGAUUGACCCUACCCUGACCUUCAGGCGGAGUUGCCGUGAGGGCAUCUGCGGUAGCUGCGCCAUGAACAUCAACGGCCAGAACACCCUGGCUUGCUUGUGCCGCAUCCCGACCGAGACGCCUGAGAUGAAGAUCUAUCCCCUGCCUCACACUUACGUCGUCAAGGAUCUCGUGCCCGACCUGACGCAGUUCUACAAGCAAUACAAGUCCAUCAAGCCCUACCUCCAGAGGGAUACGCCUUCCCCUGAUGGCAAGGAGUACCGCCAGACCAAGGCCGACCGCCGGAAGCUCGACGGCCUCUACGAGUGCAUCCUCUGCGCCUGCUGCUCUACGUCGUGCCCCUCGUACUGGUGGAACUCGGAGGAGUACCUCGGCCCCGCCAUCCUGCUCCAGUCCUACCGUUGGUUGGCCGACUCCCGUGACGAGAGGAAGGGCGAGCGCAAGAUGGCCCUCGACAACUCCAUGAGCCUGUACCGAUGCCACACCAUUCUCAACUGCACCAGGGCGUGCCCCAAGGGUCUCAACCCCGGUCUGGCCAUUGCCGAGAUCAAGAAGCAGAUGUCGUUCUAA